UGUCAUUACCGGAUGUUUGAUGUUUUUGUGGCAUCUGUCUUUUAGUUCUAUCGUGGUGGAGAGACAGCCCUGUAUGCCCACUCACCCUCAAAGACCCAUGGUGUUGAAGACUGGGGUGCAGUUCACUGUCAAAAUCAGACUCCUGGUGAAGCUCCAGGAGUUCAACUACCAGCUCAAAGUCAAAGCUGUGUUUGACAAGAACGUCACUGAGAAGAGCACAGUGAGAGGAGUAGAAAUGUUUUGGUCUCUGUUAUCCUACUUAAACCUGAAGAAGCCUAGUUAG